UACCCUGAGACUCUUUAUUCCCUAGUUGGGACAGACCCUUCACUUAGCUACAUUCUGGAGGCUUCUAACACUCAGAACAAGCUUCCGACAGCUUAUAUGGAGAGGUUUCUACAAAAGACACUGGUGCUCUCUUAGACUGUAAAAGAUGCUGUCAGUAUAAAUGGCCUGGUUUGAGAUUCAUUUACUUACCUUUUCUUUGUUUUUGUCGUAGGCAGUCUGGGGGACCGUGCUUGUCUCAGUUGUACCAACACCGUGGGGCUGAUGAGCUGUGUGAAUGUUAAAUGUGGAUGCUGUCCUCCCGUCCAUCCUGUCUUCAUCUCCCUCAAGAGUGUUCAUUUCAGCUGUUGGACUCUGAGGCCGGAGCGCUCAUGCGCAGGGGCAAGGGCGCCAUGGGCCCCAGUCUCGGCAGGUCUGGUUUUCACAGGGCCAUGGUCCCUUCCUGUGCGCUGCUGGCAUUCAUCACACCCCCUGUGGGACGACUCCAUCGUGGAGAAGUCCCUCAAGUCCUUGAAGGACAAGAACAAGAAGCUCGAGGAGGGCGGCCCUGUGUACAGUCCCCCUGUGGAGGUACCAGUGAGGAAGUCCAUCGGGCAGAAAGUCCUGGAUGAGCUGAAGCACUACUACCAUGGCUUCCGCCUGCUCUGGAUCGACACCAAGAUUGCGGCACGCAUGCUAUGGCAGAUCCUGCACGGCCACACCCUGACGCGCAGGGAGCGGAGGCAGUUUCUCCGGAUAUGUGCCGACCUCUUCCGCCUGGUCCCGUUCCUUGUCUUCGUGGUGGUGCCCUUCAUGGAGUUCCUGCUUCCUGUGGCCGUGAAGCUGUUCCCCAACAUGCUGCCGUCCACGUUUGAGACCCAGUCUGUCAAGGAGGAGAAGAUGAAGAAGCAGCUGCGGGUCAAGCUCGAGCUGGCUAAGUUUCUCCAGGACACCAUUGAGGAGAUGGCCUUGAAAAACAAAGUGGCCAAAGGAAAUGCCACCAAAGACUUCUCGACAUUCUUCCAGAAGAUCAGAGAGACUGGGGAGAGACCCAGCAACGAGGAAAUCCUGCGUUUCUCUAAGUUAUUUGAAGACGAGCUGACCCUGGACAACCUCACGCGGCCUCAGCUGGUGGCUCUGUGUAAGCUGCUGGAGCUGCAGUCCAUCGGCACCAACAACUUCCUGCGCUUCCAGCUCAUCAUGAGGCUGCGCUCCAUCAAAGCCGACGACAAGCUGAUUGCUGAGGAAGGGGUGGACAGUCUCAACGUGAAGGAGCUGCAGGCAGCGUGCCGGGCGAGAGGCAUGCGGGCGCUCGGCGUCACUGUGGACCGGCUCAAGGAGCAGCUGAAGCAGUGGCUGGACCUGCACCUAAACCAGGAGAUCCCCACAUCGCUGCUGAUCCUGUCCCGGGCCAUGUACCUCCCUGACACCCUCUCGCCCGCUGACCAGCUCAAGUCCACGUUGCAGACCCUCCCGGAGAUUGUGGCGAAGGAGGCCCAGGUGAAGGCGGCCCAGGUGGAGGGCGAGCAGGUGGACAACAAGGCGAAGCUGGAGGCCACGCUGCAGGAGGAGGAGGCCAUCCGGCAGGAGCACAAGGAGAAGGAGCUGCAGAAGCAAAGUGAGGCGGCGAAAGUCGAGCCGGAGCUGGUGGCAGAUGUUCCCCCUGGCAGGCCCGUGGCAGAGCUGCAGCCUGAUGUACCCGACUUGAUCUUGCCGUCGGAGGUGCUGAAGGACACCGCCCCGGUCCUGGAAGGCGUGAAGGGAGAGGAAAUCACUAAGGAAGAAAUCGACAUACUCAGUGAUGCCUGUUCUAAGCUGAAGGAGCAGAAGAAGUCCCUGACCAAGGAGAAGGAGGAGCUGGAGCUGCUGAAGGAGGACGUGCAGGACUACAGCGAGGAUUUGCAAGAGAUCAAGAAAGAGCUCUCAAAGACUGGUGAAGAAAAAUUAGUCGAGGAAUCUAAAGCCAGCAAGAGACUGACCAAGAGGGUGCAGCAGAUGAUCGGGCAGAUCGAUAAGAUGAUCGCCCAGCUGGAGACGGAGCAGAAGGCUGGCAAGCUGGACCCUGGUCAGGGUACACCCACAGGGUCCUUGCUCAUGGAAGCCUUCCUCCACCCCCAGACGAGGGAGAACGUCAUCAGUGUCACCGAGCUCAUCAGUGCCAUGAAGCAAGUUAAGCACAUUCCAGAAAGCAAGCUGCUGCGCUUGGCCUCUGCGCUGGAUGAGAACAAGGACGGCAGGAUCGACAUUGACGACCUCGCCAAGGUGAUCGAGCUGGUCGACAAGGAAGACAUUCACAUCUCCACCAGCCAGGUGACCGAGAUUAUGACGAUGCUGGAGAAGGAGGAGAAGGUGGAGGAGAACGAGAAGGCCAGGGAGAAGGCUGAGAAGGAGGCCGCCGAGGUGAAGAACUAGGUGGCUGCCGCUCUGGGACGUGCUGGCCCUGCGCGGCUACCGUCUCCUUUCUGCACGGCACUGGCCGUGAUGGGGACGGCUCUGAGGUGGUUCUUAGCGGCAAGUCUAAUAUUCUUUCUAGAAUAAAUCAGAAACGUCUGUAAUUAGGUAAGUUCUAAUUUUCCAUCAUACCAUGAAGACCCUGUCCGUCUGGACCCCCACGCCCUCCCAAGGAAGCGUGUCUGGAUCCACGCCUCGUGUGGUGCUGCAGUGACCCUGACCCGGCAGCCGAGCCGGCAGCCUGUUGGCGGCUCGGGUCACAGCCACACAUAGACCCUGGCUCCACGGCGGGCAUGGGGCCGGCCGGAGCUGGAGAGCUUCCCCAAGGGAGACGUUUGAGUAGAAAUUCUAUGAAAACAGAAACAAAGCCCUUCUCAGCUCUGAAGAAGAUACUUCAGUUAGUCUGUGGACGUCGCUUCCUCGAUGUCAGUG